AUGAACACUCAAGCAAGAGCCGUGUGGAAAUGUGAUAGUUGUAAGCAGGACAAAAACAAUCCAGGUCAGUCAUCGGACAUUAACUUGAAACAAUUUUCCUCUGAUAUAGUAGAAAAUUUACGAAAAGAAAUAACCGAUUUGAAAACAUUCUUCACCUCGAAAUUGGAUGACCUACAAACCAAACUAGAAUCUAUCAACACCAAAACAGACACUAUAAAAACACAAAUAGACACUCUCACACAAGAACACAAUAGCUUGAAACUCAACUUUAACAACCUUGAGAAAGAAAACUUGGAAAAUAAAAAACAUGUUCAGAGACUAGAGAAAGAAAUACAUGACUUGCAGCAAUAUACCAGGAAAGACAAUGUUGAAAUUGUAGGUAUCCCCGAAACCCAGGGUGAGAAUUUACUGGCCGUCAUGGAUGCCGUCGCAAAAUCGUUGAAGGUGGAGUUUAAAAAGGACGACCUAUCCAUUAUCCAUCGGAUGCCAACCGCAAAAGGAUCCACUUCCAUAGUGGCUAAAUUCUGCUCCAGACAGAAGAAGAUGCAAUGGAUCACCGCUGCGCGUCAUAAGAAAGGCAUCAAAACAACCGAUGUGUGCGACAAGCUGCCUCCUUCAAAUGUCUACGUAAAUGAACACCUCUCUCCCUACUACAAAGGACUACUAGGCAAAGCGAAAAAUCUUAAAAAAGAUAAAAAACUAGCCUAUGUCUGGGUUCGUGACUGUAAAGUUUUCGUGAAAAAAACUGAAAGUUCUCGCACAAAAAGAAUCAUGAGCGAUGAGGACUUAAUAGUAUUUCAGUAA